AUGGCGAACAUCACCAAGAGUAGCAGCAGUAAUGACACAAAUACCAUCGCUUCGUACGAUGAAAACAAGAAUGAUGUCAGCGAAUCGACUUCAACACUGUCACAAAAGAAGAGCUUUACACAGCAUCAACCAGUAGCACACCCUACAACAUCAAUAAUAGACAUAGAAAAAGAAGCCUCCACCGCCAAAUACGGAAAGAAUAAUGACGAUGAUGUUGAUGGUGAACAAAAAUUUAGCAAGAUAUACAACCAAGAGGCAUCUCCGGCUACUCGGAAACAGCGAAUCAUACGAUCAAUAAAAUUUGGCAUCCUGCUGUUUGGUCUGUUGAUGGGCAUGUUCAUGGUUUCGUUAAACACAACCGUAGUCGCACCAGCGAUGAACAUUAUAGCAACAGAGCUAGACGAUAUCGCAAAUCAAACGUGGAUAGCCACCGCAUACCUCGUUGCCAUGAAUUCCCAACAAGCAAUCGCCGGCAAAUUUUCAGAUGUGUUUGGAAGAAAACCAAUUGUACUAUUUGGCAUGGUUUUCUUUACAGUUGGCUCUCUCAUUAAUGCUCUUACACCUACCAUGAACGGAUUGAUUGCUGGACGCACGGUUCAGGGUUUUGGUGCCGGAGCCAUUCUUAGCAUGCUAUUUGUCAUAAUUGCAGAUGUUGCGCCCUUACGUUUACGCCCAAAACUUCAAAGCUCACUUGCAGUUGUUUAUGGCCUUUCGAGCGUGAUUGGUCCUCUCAUUGGAGGAGCAUUUGUGGACAAGCUGACAUGGCGUUGGGAUUUCUGGCUCAAUGUCAUUUUGGGAGGCUUUUCCUUUUCCGUCACCUUCUUGCUGUUCAAGGAACCAAAAGAUAUCCCAAAAAGUAGCCUCUGGUCCAAGGUUAAGCGAGUUGACUGGCUUGGUGUACUCUUCUCAAUGGCAUUCGUCUGCUGUCUUUUGCUUGGACUUAAUUGGGGAAGUUCAUACGGGUGGAGCUCGCCACAUGCAUAUGCAUCAUUUAUCGCUGCUGCAGUUUCUCUCAUUGGACUUAUUGUCGUUGAAGGUUGGGUUGCCCAUGAACCGCUUAUGCCUGCACAAGUUGUUCUCAAUCCUGCUAUUUUGACGGUUUACAUCUAUGCUAUGUGUCUCGGUUUGAGCUUCAUCGGAACUUUAUACUUUGGCCCGGUCCUAUAUCAGUCGGAUCUGUUGGAAGCAGCUUUUUACUGGGUCAAUAUGUUCAAUAUGAAAUAUUUUCUUGUUGUUGCAUCAGCUUCCAAUCUGCUGGGCUAUGGCCUGUUUUACACUGUGAAUGAGAACAGUAACUGGGGUCAGCAAGCUGGUUACCUGGUUUUCUGUGGUUUGGCGUUUGGAUUAUCACAACAAAACGCUAUUUUGUCGGUACAGAAAAUAGCACCCAAAGAAUAUAUGGCAGUAGCCACAGCACUGCUCAACUUUUUUAUGAUGCUUGCAUCUUCAGUGGGAAUCGCGAUCUUUCAAGCGCUGUUCCAGCUGUUCUUAACAUACCAAUUUACAAACCUCACGUCAGAAGAACUUGCCAUUGCUGAAGAGUACGACGCUCUCAGUAACUAUAUAUACAUCCAUGACCUCCCUGACGGUGUUCGAGAAAGCGUUAUCAGAUGUUAUAUGCAAGCCCUGAAUAACGUCUUCAUUCUCCCCUUGGUAGCAGCUGGUUUGGGAUUUGUUGCAACACUUUUCAUCAAAAAGAUAAGAUUCCUUGGACGUCAUCGGAGCGAAGACGAUGAGGACCAACAGAAGAAGGCAGUUGUGGUAGCACAAGACGAGAAAAUAUCCUCAGACGUUGAUGUAGAAGCCGGUGAAUUGACCACAAGAACAUUGCCAGCAGAAGUUGUACAUACUAGAGCAGACAAAGACGCAAAUCAGAACUAG